AUGAAAUUAUUAUUUUCAAUUUUUAUUAUUUUUAUUACUUUCAAUGUAAUAAAAUCAUUUGAUAUUGAUUCAAUUGAUCCAUUACAUUGGGAGUCUGAUGAAGGAUUUGAUCAUCAUAAAUGUUGGGGAAAAAAUAAAAAUUUUGGUUAUUAUACAGAAUUUGCCUUAUCUGCUUAUAAUACAUACUUUCCAACACCAAAUGGUAUCGAACCAGUUUCAUUCUUUGAAGGAGGUGUAAUUAGUGCAGAUUUCAAAUCUCAACAAAUGUAUGUCCAUUUUGGAUUAGUUGCUGGUAAUUCGACUGUUUGGGGUAAAUAUUGGGGAUUUGGUUCAAAUAGUACUGAAUAUGUUUUAAUAAAUGGUACAUGCACUUCAAACAAAUUAUCAUAUCCAUUCCCACCUUCUGUUCCAAAAUUCAAGAAAGUUGGUGAAACUAAAAUUGGUCAAAUAGAUGUUGAUGUAGUUAUUAUGAAACACCAAGAAAAGUAUAAUAACUAUACCAGACAAUGCACAUUAAUUCAAAAAGGUACUUGCACACCAAUGUCAAAUAAUGUUGGUAAUAUUGAUAAAUCAAACAAGGGUUUCACUUUAAUGAAUUUCUACAAAUAUGAAGGAAAAGCUCGUAAAGAUAAAUUCCAAUUACCAUCAGAAUGUUAUGGUGUUCAACCAAGUGACUCAACUUCAUCCUUUAGAAUCAAUACAAAUAAUGUUGCUCAAAAUGUUCUUGGUCAUAAUGAAGAUGAACCAAAUAAAAAACAACAAAAAACAUUACCAAAAUCAAUUCCUUUCCAUAAUUUAUUUUAG